AUGCCUCCGCAGAGGGGCCCCAAGGCGCCGGCCACCAGGAAGCUGCGCAACCUGCUGUCUUUCGGCAAGUCGGCCAAGGGUUCGCGCACGGUCGAGUUCGCCGAAUCCCCGAUACCGGACCUGUCGGCCGCUGCGUUGGCGGCGCAGCACCAACUGGCCGUCUCGGCUUUCCUGGCCAUCGCCCACAGGAGCGUGUCCGAGACAUCGGCCGUCGCUGCCGUAGCGGUGCAGCAGCCCGAGAUCAAGAUGGGCAUCACGCGUGCCCAGACUUGCCCCAACCUGUCGGCCCUGACGACCCACCACGUCAACCUGGCGGCGAAAAAGGUGUCGGAUAGCAUCCUCCAGCCGCGACCCGUCAUCCGCGUCCGCACCGGGGGCACCACUGCUCCGUUGCGACUCCCAGCCCCUAUCGAGGACGAGGAGGAGAAGCAGGAGAUGGUAGUGUCACCAGAGGAGGACCCACAGUCAGCCGAGGCCUUUGUGGACGAGGUGAGCCCGAUCGGGUCAGGAGCCUGGAGUAUCUUCCGUAGCCCCUGGUCCUUCGCGCCCAAGGCGACGAUCCCAGAGGAUUGUCAGACCAUCUCUUCCUCUAGGGCCACAGUAGGGAGGAAGGACAGUGUCGGGGGAGAGGGGGCGACUGAAAAGAGCGAGGACGGACUGUGCGAGAGUCCCACGGCGCUCACGCCAGAGCCGAACAAUUCCAUGAUUCCAUUCAUCGGCAGCUUCGGCACCCUGUCAAGCCUGUCCACCUUCUCCAAGCCGUCGAGGCACCACAGUCGCGCCGGCAGCGGAACGCGCCUCCACACGCCCGAGUCUUUGACGGGGAGCAGCAGCAGCAGCAGCAGCAGGCACACGGCCAACAGCUCUGUGUCUGGGCGGAGCAUCCGCGCCAUCACCAGCGAGGUCAACCUCAACCGGCGGUUUGACCCGGCCUUGCGACACACGGUGCCGUUCUGGUACAUCAAGAAGCCCGCGGCCAGCACCGAGGACGAGAGCGGGGCGCUCGAGAUGCCGUUCCAGGCGCUGUGCCGUAAUUGCCAGCACAUUGAUGUGGACGCGCUGUUCCGGCAGAGCGAGAGCGAUGCCGUGCCGCCGCCGCGCGACUUUAUCGCCAUGGGCACGCUGCUCAACUUGAUGACGCGCACAAACUGCCGCCUAUGUCAGCUGGUGGCUCGCAUCAUCGCCCACGACGCCAGCUCCGACAUACCCGCCAACCUAAGCGAUGAGGAGCGGUCGACGCGACAGAUGAGCACCUUGGUCGGGCUCCUGGACGAGACAUACUAUCUGUGUCCUGUGCGGCUCCCCACGGCGCGCAACUCGCCCGAGCUGUUCUUCUUCUCAAGCGAGGACGUCCGGGCGGGGUCGUGGCCACGGCGCAGCAUGGCCAUCCGUCCCAUCGGCACAGGCGCCGACGAGUCUGCCGACGGGCAGCAGCAGUCCCCUCCCUUCACGACCGGGUGUUCUGGCCGAUUGCUAAGGAGCCCGAGCGAGAUGGACCUUGACUGGGUACGCGACCGACUUCGGGCGUGCGAGCAGUGUAGCAGCAGCAGCAGCAGCAGCAGAACAAUGACUGCAAAUAAGCAGCAGCAGCAGCACCCCGUGCGGGUCAUCGAUGUGCAAAACAUGUGCCUCGUCGACCUGCACGAAGACGACCGUUACGUGGCGCUCAGCUACGUGUGCGGGACGGCUGCGCAGGGGUCAAUGCUGCUCCUCGGGGCGUCCAGCGAGCGGGCGCUUCGGCAUCCGAAGGGCCUGCUGCACUUCUGGGACACGGUGCCGCGCACGAUCCAGGACGCCGUUAAGCUGGUACGCGAGAUCGGCGAGCGCCACCUUUGGGUCGACGCGCUCUGCAUCAUGCACGACGACCCGGCCGACGUUGAAGCGCAGAUCGCGGGCAUGGGCAGCGUCUUCGGCGGCAGCGCACUGACUAUUUGCGCCUGCUGCGGCGAUGAUGCCACCCAUGGACUGCCUGGCGUGGAGCCUGGAACCCGAAAGCAUACGCGGCAGGUCGUCGAGAUGGUGGGCAGGCACAUGAUUGGAAAUGUCAUGUCGAGCCCGCACCAUUCCAAUGCACGGACUGCCGAGCCAUCGGUGACGGGGAAGGGUGAAGAGGACGAAAGGGACGAGAAGGGCGAGAAAGAUGGCAGCACCGUCAGCGGCAACGAGACCGGGUGCGGCCAGAGCCAGUGGGACAGGCGGGCAUGGACACUACAGGAGCAGGUCCUGUCGCCCAGAAGGCUGCUUGUGACGGACGAGUGUCUCACCUGGUGCUGCCCGCACGGACAGACGGUCGAGGAUGAGAACGGCCCGUGUUGCGGAGGGGGUGGUGACGAUAGCGGCAGCGCGGGGCCUGCAGGGGAGGAACAGCCGAUACACAUGCUGGACCAGGUCAUGUUUGCGUGCAGCCUAGGGCUUAAACCAGCCCUAGACCCGCGGCCCAGCAACAUGGAAGUGUACGCGCGUGUGGUGUCGACCUACACGGCACGCGACCUCGGCGACGCGAGGGACGCCGAGCGCGCCGUCAUGGGCCUACUACGGCACCUGGAACCAGCCUUCAGGGGUCCCUUCACCGGUGGGCUGCCCGAGACAGAGCUCGGAGCGGCGCUCAUGUGGUGCCCACUGGGCAACACGCUGCGGCGCCUCGACCCGGUGUCGGGUGAGCCCAUCUUCCCAAGCUGGAGCUGGCUGGGCUGGACGGGGCAGGCGGCGUACCCCUGGCUCGAGGGGCGCGUAAUGCCCAUGUCGGAGGAGGCGGGCUCGCCGCUGCUGUGGCGUAACAUGGCGCCCGUGGUCGAGGACGUGCACGACGCGUGGUUCACGGGGGCCGACCUGCGGCUUAAUGGGCAGCCGCACCCCAACCAUGGCUGCGACGGGAGGUGGCACCUGAACGAGGAGGACGGGUGGACUUAUAACGAUGCGGAAACCGAGAACGAGACGCAUGACAACUGCGACGGGGGCCGCACUGGCGGCAGGUGGCUGAACCCGGUACAUCCCCCAGCCGGCGAUGGCGACAGCAGAAUCCAUCAGUACUUUUCGCCAAAGCACCCGCACCGACUGCACUUCCGGACGCUGUCGGCGAGCUUCACGCUGGAGAAUAAAGUCCGCACCCGAACGUCACUACAGGCGACUGCUGGCGACGCAAAUCAGCCGCAGCAGCAGCCGGUGCACGUUGUUCGCGUCCUCAACGAGCGCGGGUUCGCCGCGGGCUACAUAUACGCGGGGGCGGCAGGGGCUCAGGACAAGACGUGGACGCCGUCGGCGGGGGCGCGCCGCGAGUUUGUGGUGCUGUCACGGGCCAGCACGCGCGCGGACCCGCGGGUCGGGCAGGAGCUGCUACACGCGACGCCGCUGGGCGAGGUUGGCAGCGUCUACUCGAUGGAGUCGCUAGUGGGCGGCGUACCCCGACGGAGGGCGCGGAGGAGGGGGAGCGGCUCCGACGAAGAGCACCACGACGAGGCGGGGCAGUUCGACACGCGGCUGUACGAUGGCAGCACACCGUGGGGGCUGUUCAACGUCAUGAUGAUUGAGAGGAAGAAGAAGAGGUCUAACAAUGAAGGCGAGGAGUUUGAGGAGGUGGCCGAGCGCGUGGCCGUCGGGAGGAUACACGUGGCGGCCUUUAUGGAAGCGGUGCCGGUGGAAAAGUACGUUGUGCUAGAGUAG